AUGGCCGAAGAGUUGCUGGUAGACCGUAUCGGAAUCUACAACAACCUCAACGACCCGGUACCGUCAUGGAAUCGCCCGGGAGUUAUUGCAACUGUCUCGGCUUCUAUGCUCUGUAUUUCCUCAAUCUGCGUCUUUUACCGUCUUUAUAUUCGACUCUAUGUUAUUCGUGCUAAGGGUUGGGAUGAUCUCUUCGUUUUAUUUUACCUGGUGACAGGAUUAGUCGGUGGAGUGGCACUCUGCGUUGCUCCCCAAUAUGGACUGGGCUCGCAUUUUGUUAAGCUCAGCUAUAGCGACAUGCAAUCUUACUUGAAGGUCUUUUAUGUAACGAAUGCCUCUUACACGUUAUCGGCGACCUUGAUCAAGAUUUCUCUCCUAUUCCAAUACCUACGCGUUUACCAUGGCGGCAUUAUGCGAACAAUGUGUAUCGUGAUGCUGGUCGUUAUUAGUCUCUGGGGCGCUACUUAUUCUUUCAUGGCCUGGGUACCUUGUUUUCCCAUUAGGGCCUAUUGGAAUUUGGAGAUAGAGGCGAAGUGCUACGCAUUCGGGUCCAGGAGCGCCAACGACUUCUUCAAGACCUAUGUGUCCCACACUGCGGUCAAUACGAUCUUAGACAUGAUCGUGUUUGCCCUUCCUGUGCCGCUCUAUUUCCAACGGGAUGCUGUCCGGCGGACGAAACUCGGAUUGAUUGGGUUAAUUAUUAUGGGCGCAACUGUAAAUGCUCUAACGAUAUGGCGGCUCGCGACAAUUGUGGAACAUAGGGCGGCAACAAACCCGACAUUUGAUCCGACGUGGUACGGCCCUAUCAGUAUCAUUCUUGGGGCGCUGGAAGUCAACAUAGCCAGUAUUUGCGCAUCCGUUCCGAUAUUCUGGCCACCACUGAAAGCUCGGCUGGAAGAGAUAUUUGUGACUAGAGAAGUUACUAUUACAAUGAAUAGGCGGUCCAACCGAUUCUCCGCCGAUGGUCACGAUACAAUCGAACUCCAGCGAACUGUUAGCGAGGAGCGAGGAAAUAGAUGGAAUAGGUGCCCAAGUAGAACAGGCAGUGAGUCCAGUCAGAGCCGGUUGGCUGAACUUGCUCCGGUAGAAAAGAGAACACAGCACUAUAUGGACGAUUUUAUUCUAAAUCAAGUCGAUCCUCUCAGGAGAAAGGGUGCCUUCGUCGUGGAGUCGGAGAUCAUGUCGGAUGGUCUUAGGAGACAAAAGUCGAAGCGAAAUUCGCGAAAUAAAGGCGAUAGAUAG